AUGUCGACGUCACCGCCGACGGUGUCGACACCACUGACCUCAUGGUGGAGCACAAUGUCUUUAUCGGGUAUUUAUCCGUCGAUCGGCUCAUCGACUCCGACUUCAACGAAUGCACCGUCGUCGUGGGGCUCAACGUUUUUGGCCGGCAACACGGCGAUAACGCCUCUUGGGGCCGGUUAUACGGAAGACAUUACUGUUGCCGGAUCGUUGCUUAAAGAUAAGAUAAAUGUAUUAAUUGACUCGUUGAUUCGCAAAGAAACGCCACUCUCUGGUUGCGACUAUGGAGAAGACGGCAGAAUCGCCAUGAUGGUUGACAAUGUAUACUUAGUGGAUCGACUUGGUGUUCAGCCGAAUCUUCUCGGCACUGUGCAUGUAACUACUACUCACAUCAUAUUCCGGGCCGAAGAUGGUUCCAAAGAGCUCUGGCUUGCCACAGGAUUAAUUGCCUCGGUCGAACGAGGUAAUCUCACUGCUGCUGGAUGUUUAUUAAUAAUUCGCUGCAAACACUUCCAGGUCAUUUCCUUACUCAUAAGUCGCGACAAAUCGUGCCAAGAAUUGUUCGAGACUCUCAUGAGAGCUGCGAAACCAGUUUCAGUGAACGUCUCAGAGUUGCUUGCUUUUGAGAAUCGUGAUGUUAUCGAGGAUAUGCGAGGAUGGAAGCGACUCGAUUGGAAUAGCGAAAUGACGAGGCAAGGAGUUCCUGUGACGAAAUGGUCCGAAUCGGAUAUCAAUAAUGAUUAUCAAGUGUGCGAUACUUAUCCAGAUAAGUUGUGGUUCCCCACGGCGGCAAAUACAUCUGUCUUAAUGGGAAGCAGUCGAUUCCGUUCGAGAAGCAGACUGCCGGCUCUCACUUACUAUCAUCGGCAGAGUGAAGCCGCUCUUUGCAGAUGUGCGCAACCGCUUACGGGUUUCUCAGCUCGCUGCGUUGAAGAUGAAAAGCUUAUGGAACUAAUUGGAAAGGCGAAUCCUAACAGCGAAUCGUUGUAUUUGGUGGACACACGACCAAGGGUAAAUGCAAUGGUCAAUAAGGUGCAAGGCAAAGGCUUCGAAGACGAACGCAAUUAUUCAAACAUGCGAUUCCACUUUUUCGACAUUGAGAAUAUUCACGUCAUGCGUACAAGUCAGGCGAAAUUACUCGAUGCGGUUACGAAAUGUCGAGAUGUCGGAGAAUAUUGGAAGACACUAGAAGCAAGUGGAUGGCUCAAGCAUCUUCGAGCAAUCGUCGAAUGCUCUCUGUUUUUGGCCGAGUCCAUCAGUCGGGGAACAUCAUGCGUUGUGCAUUGUUCCGAUGGUUGGGAUCGAACAUCGCAAGUUGUGUCAAUGUGUCAGCUUCUACUUGAUCCCUAUUAUAGAACGAUUCAUGGUUUUCAGGUUUUAAUAGAAAAGGAUUGGCUGAGUUUUGGCCACAAAUUCGAUGAUCGAUGUGGACAUAUUGGUGCAUUGAAUGAUGAAGCUGCGAAGGAAGUCUCUCCGGUGUUCACGCAAUUCCUUGAUUGUGUCUGGCAGAUUAUGCAACAACGACCAAGAGCGUUCCAAUUUAACGAGCGGUACUUGAUUGAACUCCAAGAGCACUCGUACUCAUGUCAAUUUGGCACGUUUAUUGGAAAUUGUGAGAAAGAUCGACGGGAUUUAAAUGUUUCUAAACGUACAAAAUCGCUUUGGUCUUGGAUGGAUUUAAGACAUGAUGAUUACAUUAAUCCGUUUUAUGCUCCAACUUCACAUGUUUCUCUCCUUGACAUUGAUACGCGUGCAGCGCGAUUCCAAGUUUGGGUUGGACUGUACAACCGAUUCGACGAAGGGCUUCAACCAAGGCAAAGAUUGGAAGACAUCACGAUGGCAGCGAUGGAGCACGUCGGUGUUCUCGAGUCGCAUGUCGCACAGCUCAGAAUGAAACUCGCCGAGUUGAAAUGUCAAAUUUCGUCGAAUUCGUGCUCUUCUUCUUCGUCGAACAUGGUCGACAGUGGGACGAGCAGCGCCGGUGAUGAGCACACAAUGAAACACCCACUUUCAGUUGUUGCGUCACCAACACAGGAAAUGGUGAUGAGUCAAGAAAGUGGAGUAAUGGAUUCUAGUUUGUAUUCGGAUGAGACGAUCACGAAAGCAGCCUUAAAAUGGCAGCCUUUGAGAGGUGUCAAACGAUGCGGAAAUCCCGCAUGUCGAGGAGAAUUCGCUUCGCCGAUUGAUCGAAGAAUUCAUUGUCAUCAAUGUGGAAAGAUAUUCUGCCGUCGUUGUCUUCACAUCUCGCUUGAUGAGAGAGAAAGAGUUUGUGAAAAAUGCCGAAAUACUUAA